AUGGGCUGGUAUGGGUGGGCAUGGGGGUUGGCACGGCGGUGGCCGUGGCCGGCGAACGUUGCACUGUAUGGCUCGCUGUUCUCGGCCGGGGACGCAGCGCAGCAGCGGCUGCGGGGCGGUGAGCAGGACUGGCAGCGGACGCGGUGCGUGGCCCUGGUGGCCUUUGGCUUCCAAGGCCACUUCAACUAUGCAUGGCUGCAGCUGCUGGAGCGCGCACUGCCUGGCCGUCGGCCCCACACUGUGCUGGCUAAGGUGCUCUGUGACCAGCUGCUGGUUCCUCCAAUAGCCCUAGGCGCCUUCUACACUGGUAUGAGUAUCCUACAGGGAAAAGAAGACAUAUUCUUGGAUCUGAAACAAAAAUAUUGGAGUACCUAUAAGAUUGGUCUGAUGUAUUGGCCAUUUGUGCAGGUUAUCAAUUUCAGCCUUGUUCCGGUUUAUUUGAGAACAGCUUACACAGGACUCUGUGUUUUCCUCUGGGCUAUCUACCUUUGCUAUUCACAACAAAGUGGUGAUGACACAGUACCGUCAACUUCUGAGUGGCCCCACGAUAAAAAGACCAGUGAAGUUGAGAACACACCAGAGAAAUGAGAAUGUGCUUUUUUUUAACAAAGUGAAUAAAUUUCUGUCCUAAAGGACA